UGCGUUGGCUGGUGCAGACGAUGAUUUGAAGCGAGGUGUCGACAGGGAUUUGUGUUGCCUCAGCACUGUGACCAUGGCAGGCCUGAAUGAGGGCUUAGAAUCUGGAAGCAACUGGACAGAUCAAGACUUAAACAAAUUUGGAAUUCAGUAUCAUAUAACAGUCACAGAGCCUUCCGGCAUUUUCGAGAAGAUCAAACCAUACACAAUCGGCACCCGGAUCUCACUAAAUGACCUUGCUGUCCAAAAGCUGACGGAGUACACUACUAUGCUUCAGGAGAAUUUCAAUGAUGCUUUCGUAUUGGAUGUCAACUCGUUUGAACUCAUUGAAAUGAUUGAUGCUUGUAACAUGUGUAAUGAGAUGCGUGGUACAUGUCGUGGCUCUGGAGAUCUGAAGACCAAAUAUGCUGCGAGCGAAAUAGAAGCAAAAUGGAAAGAGAUACACAAAAACGUUAGGCUGAAUAUUGCUGGGGCGAAGUCACAACUUCUGACCGCAAGAUUAAAAGCUGUCAGUAAGUCUUGGGAUCCCACCUUUGUUAUGAUUGACACCUUCCUGACCAAAGUGAAUAAAGUCCUGAGAAAGGCAUCACCCAGUAACUUAGAAGUGAAUGAGGGGACAUUCGUAGAUCUUUUCCAGCAUUUUGCUAGAAUCUUUCUAGUUGAAUUCAUUCCAGCCAUGGUAAAGCGGAGUUUGAUGAUGGGUGGAAUGGAGGUAACAUCCAUUAAUGAUCUCCGCUAUGAUUAUGAAGAUCAUGAAUCUUAUGACAGGUGUGAGGAUGCCCCAACAAUAGUUGUCACAGUUGCGGAGGUGAAAAAAGGAGCAAAAAGGAAGAAACUUCACUGUCGAAAGAGAAAGCAACGCAUUUCAAAGGUACAAAGAACCGAAGGAAGAGAUAAUGUUGGAGGAGUUAAUGCUGCUGCUGCUGCUGAUGAUGAUGAGUAUGAUGAUGAUAUUGAUAAUGAUGAGGAUGGUGAUACUGGCGACAGAAACCCCUCAGAUAUUAUUGAUGACGAUAGGGUUGAGUUCAGCAGCAGACUACGUGGACAGCUCGGAAUCGAACUUCUAGCAGACAUUGAUCGUUCCUGUUUAAAAGAGGUUAACAACAAGCGCAUGAUCCUUGGCCUGACCGUUGAGGCAACGUGGGUGAGAUUGACCUGUAUGGAGUUGAAUGAUGUUGCUGCCUUCAGAGAGGUGCAGAAAAAGCCUCCACGAGAAGAUGCUCCUCAUAUUGCCACUAUCUAUUAUACCAGAGCAUAUGAUAUGCUUGCAAGAAGUGAUCGUAGUGUGUUGAUAUAUAUCAUGCGGUACUUGCUGUUCCUAUCAAAUGACACUGCUGAGUCCCACUUGCCCAAGCUCUUGCAUGGAUUUUUAAGGGAUUAGGGAGCAUUUUAAGGGAGGUACCAAAUUGGUUUUUGCUCUGUGUAAAAUCCAUUUGGCGGGCCAGGCAAUCAUCUUUUUUGAUUUUUGCUUUCUUCACAAUGAUCCUUCCUAAGGUCACUACGCUCUUUUAACUGUGCUCCCUUCACCCUUUACAUUUAGAUUAGGGAUUCCAGAUCUGUUGGAUAUGAAACUUGUUCGAAUAACCAGUUUCAUGAUUUCACACCAUCACCACUGAAGUCAAUUUGAAAGGCUUCUGCCUCUUAACUUUUAGAAAGUUAUCCUACUUUGGAGGUGGAAGGCUGAACACAUGAACACACAAUAGAAAAGGCAGAAAUUUAGUGUCACAGUGUAUAGAGUGGAGCCUUCUGAAUUUCCCCUUCGGGGAUUAGGACCUUGAUCUACUUAUUGCAGGGGAGGAAAGAGCCUGGUUGAGUGAUUGGAUACAUUAGUGGGGCAAGAUGUUCAGUAAUUCGAGAACCAUUUGUCAGACAUACAGAAAGUUUUGUAGCAGGAUGUUAGGAAAGGGCCGGUUAUGACCUUUCAUUUCUGGCUAGAGCGGAGGUAAAUUAUGCUGGUUAACAUUUUAGUGCAUCGUUCCAUCAAUGAAACAAGUCUUAAGCUGUGUUCACACUAGAGCUUUAAAACGAUAUAGGAACGUUCCAGCGAGUUAUAACGAUAUGUAGCUAUUGAUACACAAGGCCUACAACGAUUGAAAAUACUCGGGGCUAAAUCGCCAAUUUAAGCGUUUUCCUCCCACAGUUCUGGUUUAAUUGAUGCAAGUCCCAACAGUGUAGCACUGCAAUACAGGUAGAACCCUAACCGCCAGGCUUACGCAACUGAUCAUGUACAUCCCUUUCAUGGCAUUGGCAACUUGAGUACUGUUAUGUUUAUUGAAAAUCACUGGUGCCAGGAUGUAUCGCUCAUAACUGCCCUAUUGAUAUAACAAUGCCGGUAUGAAUGGUUAUCCCCGAGUUUUAAAAUGAUACAGGGCAGUGUGAAUAGUAUAGGAACGUUUUUACCGUUGGGUGAGGGAGCAUUUUGAAUGAUUUAAUGGAAAAAGGCUUUAGUGUGAACACGGCUUUAAAGUCCCAUGAUGGUUCAGCCUCUGGGUACUUUCGUACAUGUUCGUGUAUAGUAAGUAUUCACAAAUUGUUCAUUCAUAUUGUCAUUCCACGGGCACUAAGUAUUUUCACUUUAUGAUGUUUGAUCAUGUGCAGCAAAUGUAUGGCUUAAAAAUGAUAUGAUCUCCUUAUAUAUUAGCUUGUAAAUAAAUCACCCAUUUGUAAAAAAAAAGUG